AUGAGAUCUCAUUUCUACGACGACUACUACUACCAUUUCAUGAUUCUCCUUCUUGUUUUUGCUGCAACUUUGCUGGUGCUGUUGUGGAGAAGACAGAGAACUGGGAUAUGGAGAUUACCACCAGGUCCAAGAAGGCUUCCCUUAAUUGGAAACUUGCACCAGCUUGGUAAUGACUUACCACAUAUAUCACUUCAAAAGCUUUCCAAUGAAUAUGGACCUUUGAUGUUUCUUAAACUAGGCUCACUUCCAACUUUGGUCGUCUCUUCAGCAGAUUUGGCUGAAAAGAUCCUCAAAACACAUGAUCUUGUGUUCUCAAACCGACCCAUGUUUUAUGCUCCGGCAAAACUCUCGUAUGGUUAUUCCGAUAUAUCUUUUUCUCCUUAUGGUGAGUAUUGGAGGGAAGUCAAAAAGAUUGCAGUUUUGGAACUUUUAAGUGCCAAGAAAGUUCUAUCAUACCAAGCUGUGAGAGAAGAAGAGGUUGCCUUGGCAAUUAAUCUCAUUCGUACAUCUUCCUCUUCUUCGGUUCCUGUUAAUCUAAGUGAGAUCCUGCUUUGCCUCAUAAACAACGUAGUUUGUCGAGUUGCUUUUGGUUUAAAGUACGAAACCGCACAAGACGAAGAGGAUGGCAAGAACAAGAUUUACGUGACGCUUCAAGAAACGCAAAAUCUGCUUGUUGGAUUUAGUACUGCAGAUUUGUUCCCGUGGAUGAGUUGGAUUCAUAAGUUCGAUGGAUUAGACAAGAAACUGGAGAAGAACUUUCGGCAUAUGGAUGAAUUCUAUGAUAAUGUAAUCGAUGAGCAUAUUAGUAAAUCAUCAAAAGCUGGCGUUGAGGAGGACUUUGUCGACGUUCUACUACGAGUGCAAAAAGAUCCUAGUCAGGGUAUUACCCUCACUAGAGAUAAUAUUAAAGGAAUUCUCAUGGACACAUUUGUUGCUGGAACUGAUACUUCUGCUGCGACACUGGUUUGGACUAUGACAGAGCUAAUCAGGAACCCGACAGUCAUGCAGAGAGCUCAAGAAGAGGUUAGAUCGUUAACUGGACUUAAAGAUAUGGUAGAUGAAAGUGACCUUCAUAAACUAAGUUACACAAAAUUAGUGAUUAAGGAAGCAUUCAGACUGCAUCCUCCUGCGCCAUUAUUAGUUCCAAGAGAAACCCGAGAGAAAUGCACAAUCAACGGAUACGACAUUCCAAUAAAAACAAGCGUUCUUAUCAAUGCAAAAGCUAUUUCGACGGACCCAGAAUAUUGGAGAAACCCUUACGAAUUUUAUCCUGAAAGAUUCUUAAACAGUAAUAUUGACUACAAGGGUCAAGACUUUGAGUUAUUACCAUUCGGAGGUGGAAGAAGAGGAUGCCCCGGUAUCAGCUUUUCGGUGGUGCUUGUUGAACUUGUCCUUGCAAAUUUACUGCUUUGUUUUGACUGGAACUUGCCUUCAGAGAUGAAAAUAGAGGAUGUUGAUAUGAGUGAAGCUUUUGGACUUACAACGCAUAAGAAGGUUCCUCUGUGCCUUUUAGCUGAUAACCGUAAAUGA